UCCAACUGACUCCUAGUAGAAACAAGUAUGGCGGCGUCCAGUGUUUUCCGACCGGGCUUGUUCAACCACAAAGUAGCGAUAGUGACCGGCGGAGGGACGGGGAUCGGUAAAGCCAUCUCUGCGGAGCUGCUGGAGCUAGGCUGCAGCGUGGUGAUCUCCAGCAGGAAGGCAGAAAGGCUGGAGGCAGCGGCUCAGGAGAUGAGGCAGAAGAUCCCCCCCAAUAGCCCUGCUAGUGUCACCCCGGUUUCCUGUAACAUCCGCAGUGAGGACGAGGUGAAGGCUCUUGUGUCUUCGGUGCUGAAGCGGUAUGGUAGGAUAGACUACCUGGUGAACAACGGAGGGGGUCAGUUCAGCAGCCCGGUGGAGAAGAUAGCCUCCAAAGGCUGGAAGGCUGUGAUAGACACCAACCUCACUGGAACCUUUUACUGCUGCAAGGAGGUCUACACAGCCUGGAUGAAGCAGCACGGAGGAGUGAUCGUCAACAUCAUCGCUGACAUGUGGAAAGGCUUCCCAGGCAUGGCGCACACAGGAGCAGCGAGGUCAGCCGUGGAUAACCUAACCAAGACGAUGGCCAUCGAGUGGGCAACCUCAGGAGUCCGAGUCAAUGCUGUGGCACCUGGAACAAUCUUCUCCAAAACUGCGAUGGAGAACUAUAAGGAGCUUGGACCUCACCUCUUCAAGAUGUCCAUCCCACUUACCCCUGCAAAGAGACUAGGACUGCCAGAAGAGGUCUCCUCUGCUGUAUGUUUCCUGCUGUCUCCYGGUGCCUCGUACAUCUCUGGGGCUACCCUGAGAGUGGAUGCAGGACAGAGCCUGUAUCACGCCCUGUGGGAGAUACCUGAGCACAGCUCAUGGCCUGAAGCUCCACAGGGGGAAAACCUGGACGCUCUGAAGGARCUGCUCAAGACACAAAGCAAACUUUAAUACAUUCUAGAACAUGCAAACAGCAAAUGGUUAGAUGGCAAGUACCUCAGAAGUACAGCCACAGUGGUAAAUCACCAGACCCUUAAUGAUCGAACCUAAUGUAUAUAUGUGGAGUGUGGUUUAUAGUGGAAAUUGUGUGCAAAUUUGUAUAUAAUAAAGUAGCAACAUAAGUGUAA